UGCCGAAAGCACCCGCACGAAGGAGAAGCAAUAUGACUUUAGAACAGAGUAUUCGACGUGACUUCCAAGGUUAUGCUUAUUAUGAUAAAUAUUUACACACAAAUCACCAAUUUUCCCUGCAAGGUCCACUUAUAAACACAUCAAGACUCUUGAAGGUUGUCAAACCAGGACUUCUAGUUCUGCAAAAUGGCACUAAUGGUGUCAUCGUAUGGUCUUCUAACACAUCACAACCUAUGAAAAAUCCUGUCCCAAAAUUGUCGGACUCGGGAAAUCUUGUUGUGACAGAUGUAAACAAUGAAGACCCAAGGAAUUUCCUUUGGGAGAGUUUUAAUUAUCCAACUGAUACAUUAUUACUAGGAAUGAAGUUUGGUUGGAACUUUAAAAUUGGUCAUGAAGUGAGAUUUUACAUAUCACUUGAUCCUACCGGUUAUCCACAACGUGUCUUGAGGAAAGGUUCGGAUGUGAAGUUCAAAAGUGGACCUUGGAAUAGACUCCACUAUAGUGGGAUGCCAAACUUGAGGGUCUUUCCUUUUUACAAAUACAAAGUAGUUUUAAACAAAAAUGAGGAGCACUUUACUUAUGAGCUCCUUAGCAGAUCAAUUAUUUCAAAGGUUACAUUGACUAAGAGUGGUGUUUCACAUUGCAAUAUCGCAAAUUCUCCGAUUUGUGGAUGUUUAGAUAGAUUCUUGCCUGAAGAUCCAGAUGGUUGGAGAAGGAAAAAUUUGUCGAAUGGGUCCAUUCGUAGAACUCCCUUGAAUUGUACAAGUGAAGAUGUAAUUCUCAAGUAUUCUGGUAUUAGGUUGCUAGAUGCGGUAUUCCAGAUUUCACACGAGUAUGACACUCGAAGAGUGCAAGGUGGUGUGCUUGAAGAAUUGCUCUUACUCGAAAGGAAAGAGAAGAAAAAUAUUGAUAAUGAGUUUGACAUCAUCCAUGGGAACUGUUCUGCUAAGCCCGAGCUUGAUGUUAUACUUUUGGAAGAGGGAGAAGAAUAUUCCGAAGGGAAGAACAGGAG